CGCAGAACAUCUCAUAGCCAAAUUGCGAUGCCGUUCUUGCCGAAGGUGCAGGACGAGCCGGAGCCCCACAGCCACACUGUGCGCAUGUCCGGCGCAGAGAACAUCGAGUAUGAGUCUGAGACACACAAACCUGUGCGCCGCAACAGCCUGCAGGCUUUGCAGGAGGCCACGGAGCUGGAGCAGCACGCCCAGGACUUGCUCAUGGACGACCAGUUCGGCAGCGUCCAGGCCAAGCAGAUGCGGACCAACCUAGCGCCUAUCGACCCGGCGAAGUUGCCCUGGUGGCGGAGAUGGGCCUUCUUCGUCGUCAGCUGGCCGGGCUUUGACACCUUCAUCGGCCUCAUCAUCCUGUUGAACGGCUUGACCAUCGGUGUGGACACCCAGGUCCAAGCGAAGAUCCCGCUGGGCUGCGAUGACACUUGCCGCUGCGACACCCCGAACACGAAGUGCCAGUUGGCGGAUCCCUGGGUGGCCACUGCCGACAACGUGUUUUACGGCAUUUACAUCGCAGAGCUGAUCUUGAGAUUCUUGGCCUACGGCGUGCGUGCUUGGUACAGCCACUGGGUCAAGUUCGACUUCUUCUUGGUCCUCAGCGCAACCGUCGACCUGAUCCUAAAAGCGACGCCGGCCGUGGACGCAGAGUUCUUGAAGCAGGUGAUGUUGGUGCGCUUGCUGCGCCUUGCACGGCUGGCACGCCUGGUGCGCCUCAUCGUGCAAUUCCAGACGCUCUGGAAGCUGGUCUCUGGGCUUAUGUCCUGUGCCAACACGUUGUUUUGGACCUUCUUGCUCAUGAGCAUCCUCUCCUACAUCGCAGCUCUCUUCGGGAUGGAUUUGUGUGACUACGACCCCACCCUGCCACUGGACCAUCCAUACAACGUGGCCGCCUUGGAGAAUUUCCGGGGCCUCGAUGAUGCGAUGUUCUCCUUGAUGCAGCUCUUUACCUUUGACAGCAUUGCCUCGAUUUAUCGUCCAUUGAUCCAGCACAAGCCCUACCUCUUCCUCUACUUCAUGAUGGUGCUCUUAGUGCUCUCGAUCGCCCUCAUGAACUUGGUCACUGCCAUCAUGGUGGAAGGGGCGCUGGCGAUUGCAGAGGAGGACAAAGAAGUGCGGAAGACGUAUGAGCAAGCACGAAAGAAGCGCCAAAUGGCGCAGUUGAAGAUGAUGUUCGAAGAGCUGGACGAAGAUGGGUCUGGUGAGCUGACUUUGGAUGAGAUCAAUGCGGCACCACCCGAUGUGAAGCAGAGCCUGUUUGAGAUCGCUGGGACGGAGGACAUUCAAACCCUCUUCGAAAUGUUAGACUACGAUGAGGGUGGCACCCUUGAGACCGACGAGUUCUGCGAAGGAGUCUUCAAGGCCAGCGCAGCGGCAAAGCCCUUGGAGCUCGACCGCCUCAUGAAGCAGUGUCGAGAUAUCCUGUUCAACAGCCGCAAGGCUCUUGGCAUCCUGAAUGGCGAAACAGGGAUCGACUCGCGGAAGAGCAAGCGGAUGACGCAGAUGGCCAGCAAGAUUUCUCGCAGGAGCACCAAGGACAACGAGUCGCGUCCCCGGUUCAGCUCGGAGGAGGAGGGCAUCCGGAACUCUCCACGGAGGGACGAUGAGGGCGACGGAGUGGCAGCCUUGGAGUCACGGGUGAAUUCCCUGGAGAAGAUGGCCCUGAACAUGCAGGAGGACACCCAGAAGAUCCUGGAUAUGCUUACCACCAGGAGCAAGGUGUCCAACUCCAACAACAUGAAGAGGGCGGCGGCGGUGCCCCGCGCGCCCUCCAACGAGCAGCUCUCGCGGCCCGCCACCUCCGACGGCCGCGGCAACUCCCGGCGCCGGCAGCCGCCCAUCGUUUACUCUUGGUCUGCGGCGCCUCCCGUGGAUGACGAGGAGAUCGUAGCGCUGCGGCGUCGGGUGGCGCAGCUGGAGGCGGAGAUCUUGAAGCAGCAGAUGGACGCGCUACUAGACGUCCCGGACCCAGCGGACGAGUAGCGCAGAGCUCUUCUGAGCUCCAGGCGCGCACAGUUUCAACCAGUUAAUGUAGCCCAACCGCACGUGGGCGAACAACCAAUCGGUUUGGGCCA